AUGGACAAGAUGAACCACAGCUCAGCCGAGGCAGAGGCUGAGACCAUAGAACCACUGCGUUACCUCAGCAAAGAGGAGGCGGUAGCUAUUGAGACCGAGCUGGUGAGGGACUACAGGUUUGGACAACAGCAGCUGAUAGAGAUCUGGGGACAAGCGUGCGCCCUCGCCAUCACCAAGGCCUACCCUCUCAGCUCUCUAGCAAAGAAGCAGCCGACGGUGCUGGUGAUCUGUGGUCCCGAUCAGAACGGCUCCAUUGGGCUGGUGUGCGCCCGACACCUGCGCAUAUUUGAGUAUGAGCCCACCAUCUACCACCCCAAACGCUCCUCUCACAGUCUACACCAGGAUUUCACGGUUCAGUGUGAAAAGAUGGACAUCCCGUUCCUCUCCUACCUCCCCACAGAGGUGCAGCUCAUAAACGAUGCCUACAACCUAGUGAUCGAUGCCAUGCUGGGCCCGGAGUCAGACUGGACCAACAUUAAGGAGCCCUUCUCUGGUAUUCUGGUCACCCUGAAGCAAGUGAAGAUCCCCAUUGCCAGUGUGGAUGUGCCUUCAGGUUGGGAUAUAGAAGAACCGAGUCAGGACGGGAUUAACCCGGACGUUCUCAUCUCGCUUACAGCACCAAAGAAGUGUGCCAUGAAUUUCACGGGGAAGCAUUUCUUGGCCGGACGCUUCCUGCCCUAUGACAUCCAGAAAAAAUACGAGCUAAACCUCCCAGACUACCCCGGCACAGACUGUCUCAUAGAGUUGUAA